CCCCCCCCCCCCCACACACACAGAAACACCCCCCCCCCCCCACCCCCACCACCAACUCCGGGCCAUGCCUGUGUUCAGUGGUCUGUUGAAGGUGCGCGUGUGUGAGGCUGUGGACCUGAAGCCCACUCCCUGGGCACUGCGUCAUGCUGUGGGGAAGAGUGGCUCCUUCCUGCUGGACCCCUACCUGGCCCUGAACCUGGACCAGGCCCGGCUGGGCCAGACCGCCACCAGGACCAAGACCAACAGCCCCGCCUGGCACCAGGAGUUCUGCACCGAGGUCCGCGAGGGGAGGAGCCUCGAGCUGUCAGUCUUCCACGAUGCGCCGAUCGGAUACGACGACUUUGUAGCCAACUGUACUAUUCAGCUGGAGGACCUGUUGCAGAAUGGGACCAGGCACUAUGAGGACUGGGUACGUGUGUGUGUGUGUUGUGUCUUAGGUAAAGGUAACCUGUGCUGCAUCAGUAAAUAG